AUGGAUGAAUGGAUAAAUGUACCCCUAAAACACAAAAGUAAAAAGUAUAUGUUGGCACAAAAUGACGGGAAACAGAGUUUGAACAAAGAUAGAGUGGAUGAUAAAAAUACAACUAAUGACAUUACUGAGAUAUAUGAAAAAAAAAAUAAAACAUACGAUGAAAAUAAAUAUGUAGAACAUGUUCAUAAUGGAGUUAAAAAAAUUAUGAACAGUGUAGAAAAAAGUGCAUUUUUCGAAAAUUUUAAAAAAAAGUUUAAAGAGAUUAAAAAAGAAAAUGUAGAAAUACAAUCCGCUAUUUGUUUAGGUUUAGGUUCUUUAACAGACAUAAAUAUCAAUAAUAAAAAUGCAUGUAUGUAUCAAUUAGCAUUUAUAUUAUUGGUUUCAAAAAAUUAUAAUAUUAGGAAUAUAUAUAUAUAUGACCCAAAAAUUAGCAAUACUGAUUUAAGUGUGUAUAAAAUUCUGAACGUUCAGGUUCUUAGUUCCUAUAUAACCAUACCAAAACAGCUAGCGGAAAAUGAAAAAGAAAUAACAGUAUGUAAUUUGAAGGAAAACGAGCAUGUUCUAUUAUUUAUGCCACAUUGUGAUAUAAGUUUAUAUGGUGAAGUUUUAUAUAAUAUAUUUAUUGAUGAAAAAUUAAGUUAUCCUAAUAUGGAUUUUUUAUUAACCCCUGAAAAAACAAUAUAUAUUGGAAAUAGUUUUGAUUAUUACAAAGAUCAUAUAUAUCAACAUAAACCUUUGGGAAUUCCCAGUUUUGCUAUUGAAUUAUUACAAAAAAGUGAACAAUCAGAAAGUAUUAAAUGGGACAUUGCGCAUUUAAAUAAAUUGAAAAAGAAUUUUAAAUAUUCCCAUUUUAUAUUUUAUAUAUUAAACUUUUUAAAUGAAAUAAAAUUUCCUAUUUGUUCUGAACAAGUACAUGCUUUUAAUGAUCUAUCUAUUACAACUUUUCAAAAAUUACCUGACCAAUUCAUAUUUUGUAAUAAUUAUGAUAAUUAA